AUGGUCGUGCACAUUGAGGUAACAUUCGUCAACGGACUGACGCACGCUGCUAGCAGAGAAGUCUAUUUUCUGGGAGACGCAGGAAUUGAUGGCUAUAUCGCUCUGAGCGAUCAGAUCGACUUUGACUUCGACAAAGUCAUACUUUCUUUAGAAGGAAUCUUGAUUAACACUAUCCGGUAUUCAGGCUGGUAUGCAGAGACUCUUUGCCAAAGGGCGCAGAAACUGCUGCAACUGAACGACGUAAAGAGAGCUACAGAUUUCGUUGGGAACCAAGGCCAAAGCAAAUGCCUUCGAAAGUGCUUUUUCCAUUUCGACAUACCCAGAAGUUUGCACUACGAGCUUUUAGGCCAAAAUGACGGAUACCUUCGAGAUCUUCCGGCGUCCUUCCCACGCGUCACGCGCGAUAGAAGGACAGCUCUGCUGCGGGAACGUUGUGAGGGAGAUUGCAAAGUUGCAUAUAUGCUACACGUGCAGGUGCGCGCUCGGGACGAGGUGGUAGCAAGCUGCUCGCGUCCUGUCAAGAUCAUUCCCACGCUGGAGUCUCGGCCGCCUACUUGUAUCGCAGACUUUCCGGGUGAAUACGCUCUGGCAAAGUCUCGACACCGAAUUCUACCGUUACUGGCCAAAUACCAUACCAGGGACUUGCUGCUCAAAGCGAGUGAACCGGCACCGCUCGUUUUGGGUCACAUUAUGGACCCUGUCUCAUUCUCCACCACCUUACAUCUGACGCAAACGAGUCAUGCACGGACAGAUCGCCACGAAGUGAAACCACGGGACGCGGUCAAUUGUCGAUCCACCUGUGCCCUAAUGUCCUCAACAUUUAUAUCAAGCGUCCCGCGACAGAGUGCUCCGACACUGCUUGACCUGUCUACUUCGGCCACAUUGAGUCGGAAUUUCCAGAUCUGCGCUAGAACGAAGGCCCCAGUAUGUUUCUCGAAUUGGAAAGAAGUCACCUAUACUUUACGUGGCGAGAAUGAUGCCUGCAAGGUCACCACACAAUGGGAAACAGAAGCCUCUGUGGCUCUCGAGUUCGGCAACAACAAGGUCAUAGUUCCCAGUUUCGAAUCUUCCUUGCUUUCUCAACGUUACAGUCUCGACCUUCAUGUGUGGAUAGCGGAGUCAAGCCGUUCUAGGUUCCGCCUGGUUUUGCCGGUGCAGAUAUCUUACGGCACCAAUACAGACCGUGCUCCUCGGAGGCUUGCAGGAAUGGAUUGCCCUACGUAUUUUGUAUAG